AUGCCUGUUUGUGACAUUACACAAAAGGGAUAUGAAAAGAAGAGGUCAAAAUUAAUUGGAGCCUACCUUCCCCAGCCUCCAACAGCGAAUGGAGCUGCCGUGGUUCGGUGUAGACUGCAGCCCGGUGAAGGCGUACCGAGGAGACCGUUCCGCUCUGCCCACAUCGGGGUGUGCGACAUCCGAGAAGCUGCAGCCAGGGAGCGGGCGGCCAGUGCAGCGGGGAAUCGUCCUCUGUUUUACUUUCGUUUCGGAGUGGACCAAGCUUUGCCUCAAGAGCGACGGGCACCUGUCACUCCUUCCUCAGCCUCUCGAUACCACCGUCGAAGAUCUUCAGGCUCUCGAGAUGAACGUUAUAGGUCAGAUGUUCAUACAGAAGCUGUCCAGGCAGCUCUUGCUAAACACAAAGAAAGGAAGAUGGCAGUGCCCAUGCCUUCCAAACGAAGAUCCCUGGUUGUACAGACAUCCAUGGAUGCCUACACACCCCCAGAUACCUCUUCUGGUUCAGAAGAUGAAGGCUCAGUGCAAGGUGAUUCCCAGGGAACCCCGACCUCUAGCCAGGGCAGCAUCAACAUGGAGCAUUGGAUCAGCCAGGCCAUUCACGGCUCUACUACAUCAACCACCUCCUCCUCCUCCACUCAGAGUGGGGGCAGUGGGGCAGCACACCGACUGGCAGACGUCAUGGCCCAGACACACAUAGAAAAUCAUUCUGCACCUCCUGAUGUAACCACAUACACCUCAGAACACUCAAUACAAGUGGAAAGGCCUCAGGGUUCUACCACAUCCCGGACAGCACCAAAGUAUGGCAAUGCUGAGCUCAUGGAGACUGGGGAUGGUGUACCAGUAAGUAGCCGGGUAUCAGCAAAAAUUCAGCAGCUUGUCAAUACCCUUAAGCGACCGAAGAGGCCCCCAUUACGGGAAUUCUUUGUUGAUGACUUUGAGGAAUUGUUAGAAGUUCAACAACCAGAUCCAAACCAGCCAAAGCCAGAGGGUGCCCAGAUGCUGGCCACAAGAGGGGAGCAGUUGGGAGUGGUCACAAACUGGCCACCCUCUUUAGAAGCUGCACUACAGCGAUGGGGGACCAUCUCACCAAAGGCCCCCUGCUUGACUACCAUGGACACAAAUGGAAAACCCUUGUACAUCCUCACUUACGGCAAACUUUGGACAAGAAGUAUGAAAGUUGCUUACAACAUUCUACAUAAAUUAGGUACAAAGCAAGAACCUAUGGUACGGCCUGGAGACAGGGUGGCACUGGUGUUCCCCAACAAUGACCCUGCUGCUUUCAUGGUGGCCUUCUAUGGUUGCCUUUUGGCUGAAGUUGUUCCUGUCCCCAUUGAAGUGCCACUCACAAGAAAGGAUGCAGGGAGCCAGCAGAUAGGUUUCUUGCUUGGAAGCUGUGGAGUAACUGUUGCCUUGACUAGUGAUGCCUGUCACAAAGGACUUCCAAAAAGCCCAACAGGAGAGAUCCCACAGUUCAAAGGUUGGCCAAAGCUGCUAUGGUUUGUCACAGAAUCAAAACACCUCUCUAAACCUCCUCGGGACUGGUUUCCACACAUCAAAGAUGCAAAUAAUGACACAGCUUAUAUUGAGUAUAAGACGUGUAAAGAUGGAAGUGUUCUUGGAGUGACUGUGACGAGGAUAGCACUGCUGACACACUGCCAGGCACUCACACAGGCCUGCGGCUAUACAGAAGCUGAAACAAUUGUGAAUGUUCUAGACUUCAAAAAGGAUGUGGGGCUCUGGCAUGGCAUACUGACAAGUGUCAUGAACAUGAUGCACGUCAUCAGCAUCCCGUACUCGCUGAUGAAGGUAAACCCCCUCUCCUGGAUCCAGAAGGUCUGCCAGUACAAAGCAAAAGUGGCUUGUGUGAAAUCAAGAGACAUGCACUGGGCACUUGUAGCACAUAGAGAUCAAAGAGAUGUCAACCUGUCCUCCCUUCGCAUGUUAAUAGUGGCUGAUGGAGCAAAUCCCUGGUCUAUAUCUUCUUGUGAUGCGUUUCUCAAUGUCUUCCAGAGUAAAGGCCUUCGCCAGGAGGUCAUCUGUCCCUGUGCCAGUUCACCAGAGGCCCUCACUGUGGCAAUCCGGAGGCCCACAGAUGACAGCAACCAGCCACCAGGGCGGGGUGUGCUAUCUAUGCAUGGGCUGACCUAUGGUGUGAUCCGUGUGGAUUCAGAGGAGAAGCUAUCUGUGCUCACAGUGCAGGAUGUUGGCCUUGUCAUGCCUGGAGCCAUCAUGUGUUCAGUGAAGCCAGAUGGGAUUCCUCAGCUGUGCAGGACAGAUGAAAUUGGGGAGCUCUGUGUCUGUGCAGUUGCCACAGGAACCUCAUAUUAUGGUCUCUCCGGCAUGACCAAGAACACCUUUGAGGUAUUUCCCAUGACAAGCUCUGGGGCUCCAAUCAGUGAAUACCCAUUCAUAAGGACAGGUUUGCUGGGAUUUGUUGGUCCUGGGGGCCUCGUCUUUGUGGUGGGUAAGAUGGAUGGUCUGAUGGUAGUCAGUGGGCGAAGACAUAAUGCCGAUGACAUCGUAGCCACAGCCUUGGCUGUAGAGCCCAUGAAGUUUGUCUACAGAGGAAGGAUAGCUGUGUUCUCCGUAACUGUCCUUCAUGAUGAAAGGAUAGUGAUUGUGGCUGAGCAAAGGCCGGAUUCCACAGAGGAAGACAGUUUUCAGUGGAUGAGCAGAGUGCUCCAGGCAAUUGACAGUAUACAUCAAGUUGGAGUUUAUUGCCUGGCCCUGGUACCAGCAAAUACCCUUCCCAAAACUCCACUUGGUGGCAUCCAUUUGUCAGAAACAAAGCAGCUUUUCUUGGAGGGCUCUCUCCACCCUUGCAAUGUCCUGAUGUGCCCACACACCUGUGUCACAAAUUUACCCAAACCUCGGCAGAAGCAGCCAGAAAUUGGCCCUGCCUCUGUGAUGGUGGGAAACCUGGUGUCUGGGAAGAGGAUUGCCCAGGCUAGUGGCAGAGACCUGGGUCAGAUAGAGGACAAUGACCAGGCCCGGAAGGUGAGAACCGAGUUCCUGUUCCUCUCAGAGGUCUUACAGUGGAGAGCACAGACCACCCCGGACCACCUGCUCUACACGUUGCUCAAUUGUCGGGGAACAAUAGCAAACUCCUUGACGUGUGUUCAGCUUCACAAGCGCGCAGAGAAGAUAGCUGUGAUGCUGAUGGAAAGGGGCCACCUGCAGGAUGGAGACCAUGUGGCACUAGUCUACCCUCCAGGAAUAGACCUUAUUGCUGCGUUUUAUGGUUGCCUGUAUGCAGGCUGCGUGCCAAUCACCGUGCGACCUCCACAUCCACAGAACAUUGCAACAACAUUGCCUACAGUCAAGAUGAUCGUAGAGGUGAGUCGCUCUGCUUGUCUCAUGACAACACAACUGAUUUGUAAACUGCUACGGUCUAGGGAGGCGGCAGCAGCUGUAGAUGUCAGGACAUGGCCCCUCAUACUGGACACAGAUGAUUUGCCAAAGAAGCGGCCUGCCCAGAUCUACAAACCUUCCAACCCAGAUACACUGGCUUACCUUGACUUUAGUGUGUCCACAACCGGGAUGCUAGCUGGUGUAAAGAUGUCUCAUGCAGCCACCAGUGCCUUUUGCCGUUCUAUUAAGCUGCAGUGUGAGCUUUACCCUUCUAGAGAAGUGGCCAUCUGCUUGGACCCUUAUUGUGGGCUUGGGUUUGUCCUCUGGUGUCUCUGCAGUGUGUACUCGGGGCAUCAGUCCAUAUUGAUUCCACCCUCUGAACUGGAGACCAACCCUGCCUUGUGGCUUCUUGCUGUGAGUCAGUACAAAGUCCGGGAUACCUUCUGUUCCUAUUCAGUGAUGGAGCUUUGCACUAAGGGAUUGGGCUCACAAACUGAGUCCCUCAAGGCACGAGGACUGGACUUGUCCCGGGUAAGAACGUGUGUGGUUGUGGCAGAAGAGCGUCCCCGAAUCGCCCUUACACAGUCUUUCUCAAAGCUCUUUAAGGACUUGGGCCUCCACCCACGGGCUGUUAGCACUUCCUUUGGCUGUAGAGUGAACCUGGCAAUUUGCUUACAGCCCCACAGGCUGUGGACACUGGUUGAGCAGGGGACAUCAGGACCUGACCCCACCACUGUCUAUGUUGACAUGAGAGCCCUGAGACAUGACAGAGUCCGGUUGGUAGAAAGGGGAUCUCCUCACAGCUUACCUCUGAUGGAAUCUGGAAAAAUACUUCCUGGGGUCCGGAUUAUUAUUGCCAAUCCAGAAACUAAAGGCCCACUGGGAGACUCCCACCUUGGAGAGAUCUGGGUCCACAGUGCCCACAAUGCCAGUGGCUAUUUUACCAUAUAUGGAGAUGAGUCUCUCCAGUCUGAUCAUUUCAACUCCCGGUUGAGUUUUGGAGAUACCCAGACCAUAUGGGCCCGCACUGGCUACCUGGGCUUCCUGCGGAGAACUGAGCUCACAGAUGCAAAUGGAGAGCGUCAUGAUGCCCUCUAUGUGGUAGGGGCACUGGAUGAAGCCAUGGAGCUGCGGGGCAUGAGGUACCACCCAAUAGACAUCGAGACUUCGGUUAUCAGAGCCCACAAAAGUGUCACAGAAUGUGCUGUCUUUACCUGGACAAACCUGUUAGUGGUUGUGGUUGAACUUGAUGGGUCAGAGCAGGAAGCCUUGGACUUGGUUCCCUUGGUAACCAAUGUGGUCCUGGAAGAGCAUUACCUGAUUGUAGGAGUGGUGGUCGUGGUGGACAUCGGUGUCAUACCCAUCAACUCCCGGGGAGAGAAACAACGGAUGCACCUGCGAGACGGGUUCCUGGCAGACCAGCUGGAUCCCAUCUAUGUGGCCUAUAACAUGUAGUUUCGUCACUUUGGCUUCCACAGACUUUUCUACAGAUGUGACCUUUUUUUUCUCAGUGUCCACAGAGACAUACAGACACUCGGCCACACUCGAAGGAGGAGCCCUGUGUGCUGGGGCUUGGGGAGGACUUCUAGGAGCAGUCACCUGGCAGGGAGAUGAAAUGGGAAUUUACGCUGGAUUUUGCCCAGAAGGACUUUGGAUCACUGCCUUCAGUUUGCUGGAAAAGCUCAUUUUAAGAACUUUCUUUUCUUUCUUUUAUUUUUUAAUUAUUGGAUAAGAAGUGCUCUCUUCGUAAAUGUGGUAUUUUGUUAAGCCAAAAUAGCGAUUAAAAAGAAUAUUCUACCCUCCAAAUGGGUUCUUUUAAACAAUUUAUGUAAUGUGACAAAGAAUUGUUUUCUCUGUUUUAAUGUGUCAUGGAAUCUUAUGACAUGGAUCUGUUACUAAUUUAAGCCAUCACUAGAUCUCACCCUUCUAGGAGAGUUUACUGAGGUACGAGAACCUUCCAGGUAGCACCUUCCAAUUAGAUUUUAGCAGCUUUCUUUGUCAGAGACGUGCUGAAGAAACAGAGGCCAGUUUAUGGCCUUUGAAGUUAACAUAGAACAAGAAGCGAUUAUAAAUAAGGUAUUUCGGCAACUAUCUUGCAGAUAUCUUUGUACUAAACUGAAAAGAUAAAAAUAAGUUAACUUCCUCGAUAUGUAAUUAUGUACAAAAUGUUUAAUUUAUUUUGAUCUCUUUAGAACUAUAAAAGAGAAAAAACAUUCAAGAAUAUUAAAGUCUUGUAAUGUUUGCUAAUAUAAAAAAGUGUUGUAUUAUCUUGCGUGGAUAGUAUCACAACAAAUAUAUAUAUAUGAAAUAUAAAUUCACUAAUGAACAAAGGAGAUUUUAAAGUUUAAAUGCAGAACUUGUCACUUGCAUGGUGCGCCCUCCACUGUAUUCACACACACUUGGCUGUUUCCGAGCAAUCACAGGUUGCCAGUAACCCUGUCUUAGACCAGAGACCAGCAAGUGGAGUCACCGCUGUCUCUAAGAUAGUGAAGGGAUUUAAUGCAAACAUGCACUAUUUUUUCCUUUGCUGUGAGGACGACAGUGAAUGCUUUCAUGCCAGCAUGUGCCAAUGACAUUGAGGGGCUCCAGGUUGGCAAAUGGCACUGUUUUCUCAGCUGCAAGAAUCUGUUGCAUAAUGUCAAUUUUAUUUUAUUUUGGCAUUGUGUGUGUGUGUGUGUGUGUGUGUGU